GCUAAAGUACGGAAUAAAUAUUCUUGAAAUUGGCGUUUAUAUAAUUAGGAGCCUGGAAAAGGACAUAAAGUAGUUUUCAUCAUGGUAAAAACUAAACUUUCCGUGGGGUUUGAGAAAAACCUGUAGUCUUUUGUAAGUGGUGCUAAAUUCGCGCGGGCGAAUCUGCGGGUAAAAGCUAUAUAGUACAAUAAUGACAACUUCCGACUAUUUGACAUUGACGGACAUGACAAAAUCAUGUUUAGUCAAGUCAGUGUCAAAGUUGCAAACAAAUCGGGAAUGGGAUCUUUCCAUUUGAAUUAAUCCUUCUUUCGUAAAAUAUUUACUUUCGUGUACUUACUAUAUUGUUCAACAUUCGAAAAAGAAAAGCAGUUAUAAGGUGUUGUCAACAUGAAGCUACCAAAGUCGCUCUGGAUGCUGACACCUUCCACUCGGCGGAAGUUAGGCCGAAAUGUCAGCACAUGGUCUCCAUUGGCCACUGCCUUUAAUACAAGACCCAGCACAAGACCAAUAUUUGAUAAUUUGAGAGAAAGAACAGGUCUCUUCAACAAACCAGAGCUCACUAGUUUCGAAGGUUUUUAUACUCUCAAAGAGCAGGCCAUUGCUGCCACUGACCGCUUGAUAGAAGAGGCUACUACUAACCCCACCAGGCCUAUGGUUGAGAUUUUCGACGAACUCUCCGACACACUGUGCAAAGUAGCCGAUCUAGCAGAGUUUGUGAGAAUAGCCCACCCCCAAUCGCACUUUGCGAAUGCUGCAGAGGAUGCGUGUAUUAGCGUCAGCGGUGUGGUCGAGAAGUUGAAUACUGAUAAACGUCUAUAUGAAGCUUUGAGAGAUUCAGUGAAGCAAGGUACCUGUGGUGAUCGGCAUUUAGCAGAAUUGUUCCUGUUUGAUUUCGAACAAAGCGGCAUUCAGCUUGAGGACGGGAAGAGGAGACGUGUGGUGACGCUGAAUGACGUCAUCUUGCAGACGGGACAGAGGUUCAUGGCGGGCGCGGCCAAGCCCAGGAGGGUACCGAGGGCCGCAGUUCCCGCCAACGUUAGGCAGUUUUUCAGCACAGAAGGUGAUGAUAUAAUCGUGAGCGGCGUGUACGCUGAAUGCGGCGAGGCGGCCGCUAGAGAGGCGGCCUACAGACUAUAUUUAGCUCCGGACCAGAGACAAGACGAGCUUUUAACCACCACUCUGGAUGCGAGGCAUGAGAUGGCUUCCAUCUGCGGUUUCCAGUGCUAUGCCGAUAGAGCGAUAAACGCAAGUACAAUGGAAACGGCUUCCAACGUCCGCCAAUUCCUCGACUUACUAUCUGAUAAAUUGCACGACCGCGCCCGUGUCGACUUCGACGCCAUGCUGGCCAUGAAGAAGAAGGAAACUCCCUAUAUGGACAAACUAAUGUGCUGGGACACACCGUACUUUACUCAUAAAGCGAAGACCCAGUUACUGAAUGUGGCGAACUCGGAUUUCAGCCCUUAUUUCUCGCUCGGCGGCUGCAUGGAAGGGUUGAAUAUGCUGUGCCAAGAGCUGUACGGCAUUACUUUGAAGUCUGAGGAAAUGUUGCCAGGUGAAUCCUGGUCCCCGGACGUGUACAAGCUGGCCGUGGUACACGAGACGGAAGGUCUACUCGGCCACAUCUACUGCGACCUGUACGAGAGGCCGGGCAAACCCCACCAGGACUGCCACUUCACUAUACAGGGCGGGAAGCUGCUGCCUGAUGGCACUUAUCAGAACCCAAUCGUGGUGGUGAUGCUGUCCCUGUGCGGAGGCCACCGUUCAGGCCCGGCGCUCCUGCCCCCCGGCGCGGUGGACAACCUGUUCCACGAGGCGGGGCACGCGCUGCACUCCAUGCUGGGCCGCGCGCGCCACCAGCACGUGGCCGGCACCCGCUGCCCCACCGACCUGGCUGAAGUGCCCAGUGUGCUGAUGGAGUACUUCGCUAGCAGUCCUCAGGUGGUGCGUCGCUUCGCGCGGCACUUCCAGACGCGCGCGCCCAUGCCCGAGGACAUGCUCCAGCGGCUGUGCGCCUCCAAGUACCUGUUCGGGGCCAGCGAGAUGCAGCUGCAGGUGUUCUACUCGGCGCUGGACCAGCGUUACCACGGGCCGGACGCGUCGUGCGGCGGCCGGACCACGGCCGUGCUGCAAGAUGUACAGAAACAGUACUACGGCCUGCCGUACGUUGAGAACACGGCGUGGCAGCACCGCUUCAGCCACCUGAUAGGCUACGGCGCGAAGUACUACUCUUAUCUGAUAUCGCGCGCCGCCGCCUGGAGCGCCUGGAGCGCGCACUUCCGGCGGGAGCCGCUGUCGCGGGGCGCGGGGGACGGGCUGCGGGCGGGGCUGCUGCGGCACGGGGGCGCGGUCCCGCCGCAGAAACUACUCAGAAAUUAUCUGGAUAUGGAAAUAACUCCCAACACGCUGGCCAACGCGUUGGCCGACGAGUUGGAUUACCACAAGGAUCACCUAGACACAGUGUUCAAAAUUACCGACAAAUGAACUGGACUUGUUGAUUGAAAGAUCUGUGAAUAGUUAGAACUUGUUGAUAAUUCUAUGAAUCUAGUGUAGUGUAUAAUGGUGCUUUUAGAUGAAUUUAUCUGUGCGAUUUCAAUUUUGUUUAUGGUUCGCUGACCAUUGACAAAUGGCGUAGGUAUAUUUUUUUUGAUAACAAUAUUUUCUGCGAUUUUUAUUUUAUUCAGAAUUUACAGUGGACACAAAUAUAAGCGGAAUAUAUCACAGGUUGAGCAAAUCAUACCUCUACGCUGAAUCAGACAGCGGAUUUCGCUUUUUACCAUUUUUAAGACAAUAAUUUAUGCUAUGUUAUUGUCUUAAAAAUGGUGGCAGUUCUCAUUAACUUAUUUCCUUCCAAUUCACUAUGUAUGUGUAUAUAAUAUCUAGGUACUUUCGAUGUAAAUAUUUUAAUGUUUAUAUGAAAUGAAUGGUCGAAAACAUGGUGUCUAUUUGUUUAAUUUUCAUUUCAUCUGUACGGUUUUUCUUUCUACAUACUGUUAAAUAAAUAUAUUAUUUUUUUCUUAAACGUAAAUACUGCAAGACAAAAGACAAAACUUUAAACUCUUGUUGUAAAAUCACUCGCUUUGUAAACGUGAUUUGUAGUAUUAAUAAAGUGAUGAAGGUUGUCCUAAAAAUGUACAUUGUUAUUUAUUUGAUUAUUAUUUUGAAUGAAGUUGA